CGGGGGGAGCGGGCCGGCGGCGGAAGACUUUGAGUGUGACUCCGGCUGCCCCGGGCUUGAUGCUCCCGCGGAGGCUGCGGCUGCCCUCUCGCGCGGGAGGACCGGGAGCGGGCUGGCCGGAGCCCGCCAGGCGCCGCCAGCAGGCCGCUCGCAGCCGCACGGCCGGCACCCAGCGCGCUGACCCCGGCGGGGAGCGCCCCGCGGAGACGGAAGUCGCCCCGAGGGAGCGGCGCGGCUGAAGUCUCGCGAGACGCGCCACUUCCUCCUCCGCGGCUCCCGGGUCGGAGCGUCCCUGCGCCCCACGGGCCGGAGCCGCAGCAGGAGCCGGAGCCGCGGGCCCGCCGCCCCUCGCCUCACGCCCCCGCCCCCGCCCCCGCCGAGCGAGGAGGAGCCGGAGAGGGGAAGAUGGCGGCGGCCGGCAGCGCCCGCGGGGCCGCGCGGCCGCUGCGAGGAGCCUGAGGGACGCGGCGGCUUCGCGGGCGGACGCGGCGGCGGAGGAUGAGCCUGCAGAGCGCGCAGUGUCUCCGAGUGUCUUAAAGCAUUCUACCUUGUGAGAGAUUGGAUGUUCUGGCAGAUAGUCAUUGUGGGAGAAAACGUUUCAUGUAAGUCCCAGAUGAGGACCGAAAACUUGAAAUCAGAGGAGCGUCUGAAAUCGAGUACUAUUAGGCAGGCAGAAGUCCUGAAGGCUGACAUGACAGAUUCCAAGCUGGGGCCGGCGGAGGUCUGGACUUCCAGGCAGGCUCUGCAAGACCUCUACCAGAGAAUGCUGGUGACUGAUUUGGAGUACGCUCUAGACAAGAAAGUAGAGCAGGAUCUCUGGAAUCAUGCCUUUAAGAAUCAGAUCACAACACUGCAAGGCCAGGCAAAGAAUCGAGCAAACCCGAAUCGGAGUGAAGUGCAGGCAAACCUCUCCCUGUUCCUAGAGGCAGCUAGUGGCUUCUACACGCAGUUAUUACAAGAACUGUGUACAGUGUUCAAUGUAGAUUUACCGUGUCGUGUGAAGUCUUCCCAACUGGGAAUUAUCAGCAAUAAACAGACACAUACAAGCGCCAUAGUGAAGCCGCAGUCCAGUUCCUGUUCCUACAUCUGCCAGCACUGCCUCGUCCACCUUGGAGACAUUGCUCGAUACAGAAACCAGACCAGCCAGGCAGAAUCCUACUAUCGACACGCAGCUCAGCUCGUCCCCUCCAAUGGUCAGCCCUACAACCAGUUGGCCAUCCUGGCUUCCUCCAAAGGAGACCACCUGACCACCAUCUUCUACUACUGCAGAAGCAUUGCUGUGAAGUUCCCCUUCCCAGCCGCCUCCACGAACCUGCAGAAAGCACUUUCUAAAGCCCUGGAGAGCCGGGAUGAGGUGAAAACCAAGUGGGGUGUUUCUGACUUCAUCAAGGCCUUCAUUAAGUUCCACGGGCACGUGUACCUGAGUAAGAGCCUGGAAAAGUUGGGCCCUCUUCGAGAGAAGUUGGAAGAACAGUUUAAGAGGCUGCUGUUCCAGAAGGCGUUCAACUCGCAGCAGUUGGUGCACGUCACCGUCAUUAACCUGUUCCAGCUGCACCACCUCCGUGACUUCAGCAGCGAAACAGAGCAGCACAGCUACAGCCCAGACGAGCAGCUGUGUUGGACUCAGUUGCUGGCCCUCUUUAUGUCUUUCCUCGGCGUCCUGUGCAAGUGUCCUCUCCAGGCUGAGUCUCAGGAGGAGCCCAGCAGCGCCUUCCCGCUUCCUGCGGUCAAGGUCUCCAUGGACUGGCUGCGGCUCAGACCCCGUGUCUUCCAGGAGGCGGUGGUGGACGAGAGGCAGUACAUUUGGCCCUGGCUGAUUUCUCUUCUAAAUAGUUUCCACCCCCAGGAGGAGGACCUCUCCAGCACUAAUGCUACUCCACUUCCAGAGGAGUUUGAGCUUCAAGGAUUUUUGGCCUUGAGACCUUCUUUCAGGAACUUGGAUUUCUCCAAAGGCCACCAGGGUCUCACCGGAGACAAAGAGGGGCAGCAGCAGCGGGUACGGCAGCAGCGCUUGAUCUCCAUAGGCAAGUGGAUUGCCGACAAUCAGCCCAGGCUGAUUCAGUGUGAAAAUGAGGUAGGGAAAUUGUUGUUUAUCACAGAAAUCCCAGAGUUAAUACUGGAGGAUCCCAGUGAAGCCAAAGAGAACCUCAUUGUGCAAGACACGUCCGUGGUAGAGGCGUUGGCUGCCGACGGGAGCCCAGGGCUGAAAUCAAUGCUGUCUACAGGCCGUGGUGACGCGGGAGAGAAACCAGCGGUCACCUUCAAAGAGAGCGCGAAGCCACGAGAAGUGACCAGAGACCCAGGCAGAAGUUUCCCUCCCAAAGAGGCGAAAUCCCAGACAGAGCUGAGAAAGACCCCCGUGUCUGAAGCCAGGAAGACCCCUGUCACGCAGACCCCGAGCCAAGCCAGCACCUCCCAGUUCAUCCCCAUUCACCACCCUGGAGCCUUCCCCCCCCUCCCCAGCCGGCCAGGGUUCCCGCCCCCAACAUACGUUAUCCCCCCUCCUGUGGCAUUCUCUGUGGGCUCAGGUUACACCUUCCCAGCUGGUGUUUCUGUCCCAGGAACCUUUCUGCAGUCUGCAGCUCACGCUCCAGCAGGAAGCCAGGUGCAAGCUGGGAAACAGUCCCACAUUCCUUACAGCCAGCAGCGGCCCUCGGGACCAGGGCCAGUGAGCCAGGGACCUCAGCAGGCACAGCCGCCUUGCCAGCAGCCCCUUGCGUCUCUACCAGCUCAGCCAGCAGCACAGCCCACAAGCCAGGUGCAGGUUCCAGCCCCAGCUCCGCCGCAGCAGUCCCCCACAAAGGCCGGGCCGGCUCUGGGGAAGAGCUCGCCUCCCCACUCGGGAUUCCAGCAGUAUCAACAGGCAGAUGCCUCCAAACAGCUGUGGAAUCCCCCUCAGGUGCAAGGCCCUUUAGGGAAAAUCCUGCCCGUGAAACAGCCCUGCUACCUUCAGACCCAAGACCCCGUGAAGCUCUUUGAGCCGUCAUUGCAACCUCCAGUGAUGCAGCAGCCGCCUCUUGAGAAAAAAAUGAAGCCUUUCCCCCUGGAGCCAUAUAACCACAGCCCCUCAGAAGUCAAAGUCCCGGAGCUCUACUGGGACUCCGCCUACAGCGUGGCAGACAGCCGCGCCGUCAUGCCACAGCCAGCAAACGUGGACCGCAGGGGCAAGCGGCCACCCGGAGUCUUCCGUCCAGAGCAGGAUCCCGUGCCCAGGAUGCCGUUCGAGGACCCCAAGGGCUCCCCUCUGCUCCCCCCGGACCUGUUACAGAGCCUGGCUGCCCUAGAGGACGAGGAGGAGCUCAUCUUUUCCAACCCUCCCGACCUUUGCCCAGCCCUUCUGGGGCCUCUCGCCUCUCUCCCCGGACGGAGCCUCUUUAAAUCCUUGUUGGAGAAGCCGUCGGAGCUCAUGUCGCACUCGUCCUCCUUCCUGUCUCUCACCGGCUUCUCCCUCAGUCAGGACAGGCACCCGAGCAGCAGUGUGUUCAGCGAGGUGUACGGGAAGAACCUGGCGGCUGGCUCCAAAGCAGAGCUGAGCCCCGCCCUGGCCCCCCAGGAAACGUCACUGUACUCCCUGUUCGAAGGGACCCCGUGGUCUCCGCCACUUCCUGCCAGUUCAGAUCACUCGACACCAGCCAGCCAGUCUCCUCAUUCCUCCAACCCGAGCAGCCUGCCCAGCUCUCCUCCAACACACAACCAUAACUCCGUCCCCUUCUCCAAUUUUGGACCCAUUGGGACUCCAGAUAACAGGGACAGGAGGACUGGAGACCGGUGGAAAACGGACAAGCCAGCCAUGGGUGGGUUUGGCAUCGAUUACCUCUCGGCAGCGCCAUCCUCUGAGAGCAGCUGGCGUCAGGCGGGCACGCCCGCCAGCACCUGGGCGGGCCACGGCCCCUCCGUGGAGGACUCCUCUGCUGUCCUCAUGGAAAGCCUGAAGUCCAUCUGGUCCAGCUCCAUGACGCGCCCUGGACCGUCCGCGCUGGAGCAGCUCUUGAUGCAGCAGCAGCAGCAGCAGCGGGGCCGAGGCGCCCUGAACCCUCCACACUGAGGCCCGAGCGCAGCCUGCGCAUGGAGGCUCCGCGAAGCCGGCCUGCCAGGCUCGCAGGCCUGGCGCUCAGCCCGGCGGUGGCAGCCCUCUGCCGUUCCUUGCUGUCGAGGGUGUAAGUGUCCCACCAGCCCGCUGAGUGUGCACGGAAUGUCCGCAGUGCAACGGAAAGAAAACCCACCGGGAACUCUCCGUCCCCGGGGCCCCGUUGGUCCCGCUCGGUCUCGGAUGGCACCGCCGCUCACCUCCGUCACGCACGUCCCCAGCCACGUGGGAAGUGGAAGCUGAGAAGCGAGGGCAGAUGGGAGAAGCCGCGGGAACUUCUCAGUGCUUUCUCCUCUUGGGGAAUAAAGCGGGAGUCCACUCACGGUUGCUUUGCUGACAGAGUAGUGGACAUCGCUCCCAGCCAUCCUGGCUGCUGUCGCUGCUCUCGGCAGUGACGCCACACUGACGUGCUGCGGGUCAGCGGGUGACAAGGAGCCCCGUCCCUCACUGCCCUGUGGGAGGCGGGUGGCGACAGGGUGAGCCCGGCCUCUUCAGCCAGUGGCAGUGUCCGCAAGGGACAGCGCGAGGCCUCGGGUGGUCCGGCCGGCCCUGCACUGGCCCGGGGCCCCAGCAGAACGUGGGGGCGUGACCCCGGCGAGGACGCGCAGGGGCGGUGGUGCUGGGCCGGACUGGCAGCCGACGUCUUCCCGGCUGCACCCACGGCGGGCAGCAUACGGGCCCACGGGAGGCCGCCAGUCCGCUCCGGGCGGGGAGAGGCGUUCAGCAUGGCUGUCGUUUGGUUGGAUGAUUUCUGUGCCCCGACUGCCCGGUUGCCCCUCCCUGCCCUGUGCUGUGUGCUACUAACUGUCUCUGUUCCCAACGUGCGCGACGACUGGCCGAGCGACAGCAGCGUGGGCUCCGGCGCGGGGCCCGGAGGCGGCCGAAGACGAGGGCGCCCGCCUGAGCGUGGUCUCGGAGGCGGCACGGACACGCGCCCGGCGGCGCAGAGCAAGCGGAAUGGGGACAGCGGGAGAUGGACUUUGACUUUGCUAUUUAUUAGGCGCGAGGACCCAGUGCGCUUGCGCAGGCGGCGCCCGUCCUUCCUGAGGGGUCCGAGGGGAAUUAGGGAAACGAUGGAAAUGUCCACUGCUGUGCUGGUGACGGGGCCCCGUGUGCGAGGGCGCAGCUGGGGGCCCUGGCCGUGCGGGGGGAGGGCACGCUCGUCUCUCAGGGGGUUGGAGUCCCGGACGCUUCUAUUACUGCUUCCGUUUGCCGUGGUGUUUGGGGUUUUGUUUUGUUUUUGUUUUUUUGGCAAGGCCUGAAAGGGUGAAGCCCCCACCCAGUGGCACCCUGCGCCCCUUUGUGCUUCUCCCAGCCUCCUGCCCGGCCCUGCCCGGCGUGCACGCGCUGUGUGGCAGGCGGCUGCGGCACGCUGGUGCAGGAGCUGGCACCGAGCUCCCCCCCCCGGCCCCCUGUGCCAACUCGGGGCGCACGGCUUUGCCUUCGCUGUGGAGUGAGGGGGGAGCAGUCGGCCUCGGAAGCCGGCUUGUGUGGGAAACUGGGUGGGGGGGUUGGUUGGUUUGGGGGUUUUUGGGUUUGUUGGUUUUUUUUCUCGUCUGUCUGUGCAAGACCUGCAGCUGCUGGAAUCAGCUUUGCCUUUAAUUAAACCUGUUCUCUCCAGCCA